AUGGCACUCACUUCCAGUUCAAAGGAAGGUCAGCAUGAGAAGGAUAUGCCGUCCUCUCCUCCCAUAACACCCACUCGCAGCUUACGGUCUCCUACCACCAACAGCCUCGCCGAAAAAAUGGUUCAAAAAGCGGGACACCCUAGUACGGCUUUUCUAUACGGGGUCGUCGCAGGAACAUCUAUGCUCAGCUUGAUCCUCUUGGCAUUGUAUCUAUGCUCUACAGGACACGGAUGGGAGGAACUAAAAAUGCAGAAACUGUUGUGGUGGGAUGCGUGGUACUUGGGAAGAAUAUCAGAGCAGGAUGUUGCAGAGUUGCCCAUUGGAUGCCUGGACUUUCAUCUGAAUUCCUUUGCUCGUGGAGAACGACAUAUCUCAGCUGAUGACAAUGAGAGAUCCGUCACAAACAGUACGGUGCGGCCGACAGUAGCUGAUCAAGAGGCUCAUGCCUCCUCCAAUAUUAUCUUUCUCCAUUUCAACACAAAGCUUUCAACGUUUCGCUACCUUUGUUCUGUCGAAUCCGCUGCUCGCAUGAACACCAAACAUUCGAUAUCAAUCCACGCCGAAAACGUGAUGGAUUUCGAAACAAAACUCCAAGGAUGGCGCUCUGCCGUGGGUCCCAAGAUCGCGGGAAGAGUCAACGUCAAACCACUAGAGUACGAUGCGUACUUUGCAGACACACCGCUUGAAAAGUGGUGGAAGUCUGGAUCAUACAACAACAGCUAUUGGGUUGGACAAAACUUGGGCAAUGCUUAUAGAUUGGCUGCGGUGUACAAAGAAGGUGGAACGUAUCUAGACAUGGACAUUAUCUCGCUCAAUUCGUUAGGGGCGGCUGGGAGAUAUGUAGCUCGUGAACAGAUUGAUGUGAUCAAUAAUGCCGCAUUGAGCUUUCCCAAGGGGGAUGCGUUACUAUGGGCGAUAAUGGAGGAGUUUGUAGCGGGGUGGAAUGGGUACCUCUGGGCAAAUAAUGGGCCAUAUGCCGUUACACGCACCUUUCAAAAGAAAUGCCAAAAGUCCGUCUACCACCUCGGACUCGUCCCAACCCAACCUCCCACCCCCAAAAACAAAACAACACAACAUUUACGCCGCCAAUCAUCUCCCUCAUAUCUCCCUCAACCAACCCCAACCCGAUCUAUGAACCACCUCCUACCCCGCGCUAGAAAACCGGCGUUUGGCCUUUCCCAUGCAGACUACACAGAUCCCUCUAUCCUCCACGACCACCCCUACUGCGCAGACAUGAACGUGUUACGGCCAUCCCGUUUCUAUCCCAUUCACUAUUCGCGUCGCUCAAAUUUAACCAACGACUGGACACUAUCAUGUGGAAAGUUGCAGGCAAUGAAAAGAGAGAGUUUGGGCUUACAUUGGUGGCACAAGAUGGUGGCCGAUGACGAGCUUCUUCACAGAGAAAGUCUAUUGGGCAGAGUCAUGAGGACACAGUGUCCGGGUGUUGUAGAUGCUUAUGGACUGAGAGCGUUGGGAAUAGAGUAG